AAAUUCAAAGGGUGUUUACGUCGACACACACCACCAUUUAUUUUUUCCUCAUUUAAGUUUUCACAUAAUUUGAUGCAUAAAUAAUGUCGCAAGUGAAGUUUACUGAUGGCGAAAAAGUUUUGUGCUAUCAUGGUCAGCUUAUUUAUGAAGCAAAACUGCUUAAAACUCAGGUAAAGGACCGAACAGUUAAAUACUACAUACACUAUGCUGGGUGGAGUAAAAACUGGGAUGAAUGGGUCCAAGAGAAUCGCGUACUGAAAUUUAACGAAGCGAAUGUUCAACUGCAAAAGGAAAUCCAGAAGAAAAUGGAAAACUCUACUAAAAUAAGCAAAAAAGCAGCAAAGUCCGGUUCAAAAAAAGUUGACUCUUCUUUCGAUGAUGCCGCAACAUCGCGCUCCUCAACACCUUCCAAAGAUGUUGGUAAAGAUUCAACACCACGAUCAAGAGGAUCAAGUGUUAAACCAACAGCAUCAACAUCUACGACCUCGAGCAAAGAAUCCCGAUCAAUCGACGAUGAUAUCAUGAAAAAGAAACGUCAACGUCUUGACACUUCAGUUUCAAAUGAAGGCGAAGAGAAGAUUAACAAACCUGAAAUAAAUAUUUCGAUUCCAAAAGACCUGAAAACUUUCCUCGUAGAUGAUUGGCAUGCUAUUAACAGUCAACAUAAAUUAGUGGAAUUGCCGGCAAAAAUAACGGUUGAGGAAAUUGUUGACAAAUACAAGCAACAUAAAAAAUCAAAGUCAAGUGGAAGUGGCGCUGGUAAAGGACAGUCCUGUGAAGACAUCUCCAAUGGAAUAUUGGAGUACUUUAAUGUGAUGCUUGGAUCGCAAUUACUUUAUAAAGUCGAAAGAACACAAUAUGCUGAUAUUCUUCAGAAAUAUCCGGACAAGCCAAUGUCUCAAAUCUACGGCGCAUUCCACUUGCUUCGACUAUUCGUAAAACUCGGCACUGUGUUGUCGUUUACAACACUUGACAAGCACAAUAUUCGUGUGCUCAUUGGACAUCUUGGAGAGUUUCUUAAAUUUCUAGAGAGUGAGCAGAAAGAGUUCUUUACAAUGUCGAGCUUUAAUCAUCAUCAAACAAGCGAAUAUCUGAGACGCGCUAAUCAAUAAGCUGUCACCUUAUAACAUUUUCAUUUAUUGGCAAUUUUGUUUUAAAGAACCUUUUUUUAUAAUUGAAUAAGUAUAAUCUAUGGGAAGUAUCUGAAAUCAAAUAAUCUGCUGCUGAAAUAAAGGCAAAGACGAUUGCAUAAAAUAAAAGUUACGAACUCAAAUAAAGGAAAAAUAAAAGAAAAAAUAUUUUUUUUGUGAUUUGUGUCUUAAAA